AUGAGUUUUUAUUAAGAUUAGAAGAUGGUUUUUGAAUUCAUUAACUUAAAAUCAGAAAAUAUCCUUAAUAAUUUGAAAUAAAUCUCUUUCAAUGAUGAUUCUACAAUUUUAUUGACAAUUUAAAAAUCAUAGAUCUAAACCUAUUUCAAUAAAAGGGAAAAUUUAAAAAGAAUCUCAAGUUUCAAAGUCCCUAAAGAUGCCUAUUUUUCACAACUUCAAUAUUUAACAUUUACAAACUAAUUUAUAGCUAUACCAAAAUCGUAAAUACUCAUAUCUUCACUUUGUACUUUGAAUUCCAAAAAAAUUGUACUUAAAGUUUAACACAAUUUUUGUUCCUGUUACAAAUUAUUAUUGAAUAAGAAUGAAAACAUUCUAUUUAUAAGUUAUUUUAAUGAAAUUCAUAUUUUUGAAAAAUAAAUUAUUGCAUGGUAAUGUAUUGAUACACUACAAUCACUAAGCCAUAGGGAUACAAUUGAAUAAAUAAGCUUAAGUCUUGAUGAGGAUUAAUUAGUAAUUCAUACAAGUAAUGGUUAUAGUGGAUCACCUGCUAUUUUAGUUUAUAAAAAACAAUAUAUAGACAAAUAAAUUUAAUGGGUUUUAAAAUAAAGAAUAAAUUAAGAAAAUGGAGAGCUUAUAGGAUUUCUUAAUAAUAACUAAUUUCUAUUUUUGGAUUAUUAUAGCACACAAAUUUACACAUUAAAUAAAGAAAAUUAAAAAUUUGAAUGCACAAAUUCUAUAAAUUUCAGAUAAUCUAACUUUUAAUUUAAAUCUUUUGUUUUUUGGCAUAAAAAUUAGAUCUUACUAAUUAUAACUUAGGAUAAUAUUAGUGUAAUGUAAUUAUAGAAAUUGCAAAUAUUAAGCUAACUUCAAUCGAUUUAAAUCGAUAUAUCAAAAUCAAUAGAUGUAGAUUUUGCAACAAAUGAAUUCCAUUCUAUUCUCACAAACGAUGGAAAAUAUCUAUUUAUCUGGAACAAAAGAAACACUUAAAUUAUAAGAAUUUUGUAUAUUUGA